AUGAGAGAGACGCUUAAACUCAUGCUGCGCCACCAGGCAACCAAGAAUCAGACCAACAUGGGCGAAGGCUACAGACCUUGUCAGGACCUCAGGCGCCAGCUCGCCGCUCCUACCAAGAUCCUUUUGGACACUGUGGCGAGCUUCUCAAGCUCGAUCUCCGACCCUGCGGGCACUUCUAGCACGGAAUAG